CAGCAAAAUGCAGCAAAAUUCCAAACGGGGAUUGGCGGAGAUCCGACGGAGCGACCGAACUGUCAAAUUCUGAACAAAAAAGGGUGAAAGCCUGAGCGAGGAGGGGCGAGUCGCGAAUGGGGUUGCUAGCUGCGAAAUCUGUCAUAAGGGAGCAAUAGCGAAUAAUGAAUUGACUGUUUUCGGUCAGUGCUUCUUGAAACGGUACAAUCUGCUACAAGUUAUACGAUUUGAAUAGUUAUUUUUAUUAUUCCGAGCCAUGGAGGACGACCUGCCGACCGAAUACGACGUUGUCGUCGUGGGCACAGGAAUGACCGAAUCCAUCGUCGCCGCGGCGGCUAGCAGGAUCGGAAAAAGGGUUCUACACCUUGAUAGCAAUGAAUACUACGGUGGUCUUUGGGCUACCUUUAAUUUCGAUGGUUUACAAAAAUGGAUAGAAGAUCUAAAAUCUCCCAAACAGAACGUAGCAGAUGCCACUUCAUUGCUUCAAGCUGAUGAGAAAUUUUUAAAAGCCAGCAACCAAUAUUCCACUGUUGAAAAUAUCAUUGAAAAAUGGUUUAUCUCCAAUGAUGCAGACCUGCCAGUAUUGUCGACGAAAGACACGCAAACUGAUGGCUCUGGAGAUACAGCAGCCAACGACGGAGCGGAGAAAUCUGACGAAGAUAAAAGUGAGAAAAAAGAAACUGUCAAACAAUGGAGCAUUGAUCGGAUUAAAAAGGAAUACCGAAAAUUUAACAUCGACUUGGCACCAAAGCUAUUGUUUGCUCGCGGUGAACUGGUAGAACUCCUAAUCUCUAGCAACAUUGCUCGAUAUGCAGAGUUCAGAGCUGUUUCUCGAGUUGCUACCUACAUGGAUGGCAAGCUGACCCAAGUUCCGUGUUCAAGAGCAGAUGUUUUUGCCAAUAAAACUGUGAGUGUUUUUGAAAAGAGAAUGUUGAUGCAACUGCUGACAUCGUGCAUGGAACAAGGAGCAGACAGUCCUGAAUUUAAUGGUUUCCAGGACAAAACAUUCCUAGAAUACCUCGAUACGAAAAACCUUACCCCCAUGGUAAGACACUAUGUGAUGCAAGCCAUAGCAAUGGCCACUGAUAAAACUUCCACAAGAGAUGGAGUCAAUCGUACUAAACAUUUCCUAAACAGCCUUGGCCGCUAUGGAAAUACACCUUUUCUUUGGCCCAUGUAUGGAAGUGGUGAAUUGCCUCAAUGCUUUUGUCGUCUGUGCGCCGUUUUUGGUGGAGUGUAUUGCCUGAAGAGACAACUAGACGGCAUCGUCGUUGGAGAUGGAAAAUGCAAGGCUAUUAUAACUGGAAAGCAAAGACUGGCUUUGGAGCAUUUGGUAGUUGGACAAGGACACUUACCACCAGAAAUUGUAUCAUCCAGUGGAGAGCAACAGAUAUCUCGUGGAAUUUUCAUCACUGACAGAUCCAUUAUGCAGGGGGAAAAGGAGAACUUAACACUACUCUAUUAUCCUCCAGAAGAAACUAGCCAAGAAGCUGUAACCUUAAUCGAACUCGGCCCAUCAACAAAUGCGUGCCCUCAAGGACUUUUUAUGAUACAUGUGACGUGCAAGCGAACCAAGACAGCUGAGGAAGAUCUGGCGUACGUGACUAAGAAAUUCCUGCAUGCCGAGGUACUUGAUCCUAACGUCACUCGAAAUGCCACCGAUUCUCACACUCAGACUGUAUCUCCCGACAAGAGACAUCUCCAGGAAGGUUCUGGCGAGACGAAAGAUGAUAGCCUGGAAAGUCCUAAACCACAAGUUCUCUGGUCACUGUACUUGAACUUGCCAGCAAGUGAUAUUAAACUCAGCGAUUCUGCUCCUAGUAACGUGCAUCUCUGUUCUGGGCCUGACUUGGAUUUAGACUUCGACUUUGCUGUGAAUCAGGCUAAAGCAAUAUUCAAGGCCAUGUAUCCUGACGAAGAUUUUCUACCUCGUGCCCCAGACCCUGAGGAAAUUGUAUUAGAGGGUGAGGAGGCUCCGGGGCCACAAUUUGAGGGAGACAAGCCAGAAGAAGGAGAAGAGAAACAGGAUGUCGAAAAAACAGAAAAAGAAGAAAUAAUCAAUUAUGUGCCUUGUCUCGUAACAAUAAGAACGGACGAGAUCAAGAUGUCAAAAAAAUCAACUCUACGUAGCAGUAAGAGAAUCCAACCUACAUUGAUGAAUUUCCUAACGAAAUUUCCUCAAUCUACCCCAAAAGUUAUUCAGUCCAGUAUUCUACCUGACACUGCCAGUAAAAAUGUUAACAAAAAUUAUAAAAAAAAAUCUACUUUCGAGUCAAAUGAUAUUUGGGAUGACAGUGAUACAAGUCUCGAGAUUGAAUCGGAUGCUGAGGAAAAAGAUCUGCAAUCAGCGGUAUCAAAAAUUGAUCGGAAAGCUUCCAUCAUAUCAUUGAAUGAUUCCUAUGAGUUCCCAAAUCCCAAGUUAAAUAAUUAUACAGUAAAAAGCUGUAAGGAAAAUUCAACGAUUCAAUAUGUCGAUGAUUCUAUGGAGGAACAAGCCAAAAAAGACUUGGAGGCCUAUAAAUUGAGCGAAACAAAUUUUACCAGCAUGAACCAAAGCAGUGAUAGCUUAAAAGAGAAUAGCAAAGACAGUUUAAUUUCAAAAUACUCAAAUGGUGUUAGUGAAAACAGUCUCAAGUUCACAGCUGACGAAACAAAAAUACCAAGUGCUAAUAAUACAACAACAAAUUCAGUAAAACUAGAGGAAGAUCAAAUGAAUAACAUGUCUCUUGAUAAAGGAACUAAGUCAACACACUUCUCAUUGACGUCAAGUUCUAACAGUCCUGGUAAUGUUAGCAGAACAGUUCCUAGUCUGUCUCUGCCUAAAAAUAUCAGUAUUAAGACUGAACCGAAAGAUGAGACUGUUCCAAUACCACUUGAACAGCCAGAAUUGAAAUCCCCUUCCCCAAAAAUUAUAGCUGAUUCGGACAGUGAGAGUCGUGAAUCGGCAGAUAAAACUUCGCCAGUUAAGAGAAAUGAAUGGAAAGGUCCAGAUAUAAAACUAGAUUUAAAACCAUUGGGAUUAGAUGAGAAAUUGGACCCCUGGAUUGAAAUGAUGAAGAAAAAAUCAGCAGUGGCGUCAAUGCCUCCACAAAAAAAUCAAGUGCUGCAGCGCCAACAAAUCUUCAAAGAAAUAGAACUACAAGUUUUGGAUAAAAUUUCGAUUGCAUUUAACCAAAUUCCUUUGCUGGUACUGGGAAAAUUUCCAGGUUUCAACUUGAAGACUUAUCAGGAGUUGAAAGUCUUGCGUCAGCAUCUUAAGGCAAAAAUACUUCUUAUGCAAAAAAAUUUGGAUCGGCUCAGCCAAGAGGAACAAAAUGCAUCUCGCUCACGUGCAGAUGAAUUCCCUUGCGAUGACCAUUUGUCUGAUUUUUCAUCCCAAGAAUUUGAUGAUUUACCAUCACCAUUGGCUUGUGGUACAAGUGGUAGCCCUCAAAUAAAAUUGAACCACAAACCAAGCACCGUUACGUCACCUCUAACAAAUUACAACCAAAAACCAAGUACCGUUACAUCUUCAAAUGAACUUUAUAAUCAUACCACUGAAAAACUACACUUACUUAAAGAUGUUCAAUACGAGAAAUCGGUAGACACUGAAUUGUCUUCUCCACCUGCUACUGUUAAAAAAUCUGCCUUUCAAUUAAAAAAACCUAUCAGAGCAACUAUGCCAUCAGCAGUCAUCAAGCACAUUGGAAAUACCUGGGAAAAGCUUCAAGGAAUUUCCGGACAAGCCAAUUCUGCAAGUGUUAAUGAAAAUGGAUUCAAGCCUGCAGCGAUUUCCAGCAACUUCUCAAGCAAAAUGAGUGACAAGACUAGCAGUACAGAAUCCUCAUCACAAAAAUCAACAUCUUCUACAAAGUCAACGUUCAUGGAUGAUUCAUGGAAUAGGAUGAACGAUAGUUUUAAUUUUCCGACACAGAGCCAUCAUAUGCCUUUGGAUAAAUCGCUGACCGAUGAGCUACUAGAAAUGCCGACUAUUGAACUUGAUUCUGAUGCUAGGAAUGCUGCUAGACAAUAUAAUAAACCAGUAAAUACAAGAUUGUCUAGGCCAACACCUAUCGACACAGCCAGUGUAAAUCAGCGUACGAAAAGUUCGAACUCUGUGCAGUUAGCUAGCUCAGCAUCCCAGAGUGGAAUAUUUACAGGCGAUUAUAAAAACGAUGGAGUCAGUGGCGAAUUCGAUGGUCUGCAAUAUCCACAUUCGCGAGAAAUGCUAAAGGUCUUUAGACAAAAAUUUGGAUUACACAGCUUCAGGUCGAACCAACUACAAGCCAUAAAUGCAUCACUUCAAGGGUUCGACUGUUUCAUACUAAUGCCAACUGGCGGUGGCAAAUCUCUGUGUUAUCAAUUGCCUGCACUUCUUGCACCUGGUAUCACAGUGGUAGUUUCACCAUUAAAAAGUCUAAUUCUCGAUCAAGUUCAGAAGCUCAAUUCUCUUGAUAUACCAGCUGCUCACAUAUCUGGUAACUUGACAGAGAAGCAAGCGGAAGAUGUAUAUAGAGAGCUGUCGAAGGCAGGGCCUAUGCUCAAGCUGUUGUAUGUAACACCAGAAAAAAUUUCCGCAUCUCAGAGAUUCUGCUCAUGUUUGAGCAAGCUUUAUGAACGAGGCUUAUUGUCCAGAUUUGUAAUUGAUGAAGCUCAUUGCGUCAGUCAAUGGGGUCAUGAUUUUAGACCUGAUUAUAAGAAGCUAAAGUUACUGAGAGAAAAUUAUCCCAGAGUACCGACAAUGGCUUUGACUGCAACAGCUACACCAAGAGUGCGCACCGACAUUUUAUACCAAUUAAACAUGACCCGUCCAAAAUGGUUCAUGUGCAGUUUCAACAGGCCAAAUUUAAAGUAUAGUAUUAUCCCCAAAAAAGGUAAAAACUGCACAGAGGAAGUAAUUGCUAUGAUACAAACAAAAUUCAAAAAACUCUCUGGAAUUGUAUACUGCCUUUCACGUAAAGAUUGUGAUAAUCUUGCCGAUGAUAUCAAGAGAAACGGCAUAUCAGCUUUGAGCUACCAUGCUGGACUCACGGAUGCUCAGAGAGCCACAGUACAAGGAAGAUGGAUUUCCGAUGAGGUUGAUGUUAUUUGUGCAACCAUAGCAUUUGGAAUGGGAAUUGACAAACCAGAUGUGCGAUAUGUGAUGCAUGCUGCCUUACCAAAGUCGAUUGAAGGAUACUAUCAGGAAAGUGGUCGAGCUGGCCGUGACGGUGAACCAGCAGAUUGCAUUCUGUUUUACAACUAUGCCGACAUGCACCGUAUAAGAAAGAUGAUCGAAAUGGACGGAGCUUCUCAGGAGGUAAUAAAAACUCAUAUGGACAAUUUAUACAGGAUGGUUGCAUUUUGUGAGAACACAACAGAUUGUCGAAGAGUACAGCAGUUAAACUAUUUCGGUGAAAUAUUUAAAAAGGAGUCCUGCAUCGCUAAUAAGAAAACGACCUGCGACAACUGUAGAAAUAAGGACAAAUAUGAAUUGGUUGAUGUAACUGAAGACGCAAGAGAAAUUGUUAAAGCAGUACAAGAUUUAGGACAAAGAAAAGGCAUAACGCUUUUACAAAUAACGGAAAUCUAUAAGGGUAGUGAUCUCAAAAAGAUAAGGGAUGCAGGCCAUAAUAAACAUCGAAUAUUUGGUCGUGGUAAAAAUUGGAAGAAGAAUGAUAUCGAGCGGCUGCUACACAAAUUGGUGAUUGAUCAAUAUCUUCAGGAGAACAUGUAUAUCAACAAUGAAAUCACAUGUGCAUAUCUCAAGAUAGGACCCAAAGGACGAGAGCUUUUGACAAAAACAAAUCUUAAAAUACAGUUCUCGCUGAGGACAAGCACUAGUACCACUACGGUGUCAGUGACUUCAUCUGACGUGACCCCAUCAAACGAAGCGCUGAAGAACUUACAAUCACGAUGUUAUACCGAGUUAAUGUCAAUUGUACGCGGAAUUGCUGGUGCCUUGGAUGUUUCUGCUGCUUCUAUUAUGAAUAUGAUUGCUGUCAGAGCAAUGAGCCAGCAGCUACCAGACAACGAAGAGGCAAUGUUAAAAAUUCCUCACGUCACAAAAGCGAACUAUGAUAAAUAUGGAAAAGCUCUACUGGAUGUAACCCAGAAAUAUGCUGCCCAAAAGUGUGUUCUGCUGAGCGAAGGCUCAAGCCACGAUAACGUUUGCAAUGAUGAAAAUGAUGAGGGUACUACAUGGUUAUCUACAGUAUCUAGUCCAGCCUUUACAAGUAGUACUGGUAGCAGAGGUCGAGGAAUAAAAAGAAGAGGACGAGGUGGAGUUACUAGCAGAGCAAAGAGAUUCAAACGUGGAGCAUCAAACUCUGAAUAUCAACAAUCGACUACUCGAACCAAACGUGGUUCAGGAACAACACGUGGCUCAGGGACAUAUCGAGGAACUGGAACGAGCCGUGGUCCAGGAUUUCUAGAACCUGGACAAAAGAAGGCCUUUUCCAGAGACAGCAGUAGAUUCGUAAAUCUCGGAUUGUAGUAACCUCAAAUUUAAUGAAACAAGUUCUGAAA